CGUUAGUAUGUCUCAUGUUUUUUCUUCCUACACGUGAAAUGACAUUGCUGCCUUCUAGUGAAUGAUUCCGUUCUAUUGCACCUCACUAUGUAAAAACAUGUUAUAAGAAGAGAGAUUGAAUGAAUUCAAUAUGUGUGAUUAAACACUUCCUUCGUUGGCUCCCUGAAAUCUCAGCCCAAAACACAUGGCAGCAGCAUCCAUGCACGUGUGGUUUGCUUUGUAGGUUGCAGUUUGUCUCUUGUACAGCGUAGAUUGUUGUGGUGGUGCGUGGCCUGGUUUGGCUUUGACGUGCGACAAGCGGCCCUGCCAAGUUGCACCACCGCUGCUUGCUGUAGUCAAGUGUUACUGCUGCAAAAUAAAUGGAAUGGUGGGGUGAUGAUACCUCCACCACGAGUAUUUAAGUCCAAUAAUCUUAAAAGAGAGAAAAUCUAAAUAAUAAUCUUAGAUUCUGUUUCGUUUAGAAGUUUUUGCUAUGAAUUAAUCUAAGAGAAGAAGAAUCAGCAGCAGCAGAUAAGCGUUCUAAGGUUCCCCUAAUUGACCCUUUUAUUUAGAAAAGAAGAGAGCGCUCUAGAAGAAGGAAGAAAUAUUCUCUCUCUCUCUCUCUCUCUCUCUCUCUCGCUCUCUCUCUCUCUCUCGUUUGUAUAAACCUUGAAACCCAGGCUUCAUGUCUGAAGAAGCAGAGCCCAACUCAGGUUCAGCAGAGGCCCAAAAACAGGGCAGCAAAAUGACCAAAGAAAAGGGCAAGGGUCGUUACGCGGCUGCUGAGUUGCGACAAGCAGUGUGGACGGUCGUGGGGGUGCUUAUCUUGUUAGUUGGAGUGACGGCUCUGAUACUGUGGCUAGUGUAUCGUCCCGAGAAGCCUCGAUUCACGGUGGUCAACGCGGCAGUCUACGACCUCAACAUCACGUCCCCUCCCAUCAUCUCCACCGCCAUGCACUUCACCAUCAUCACUCGCAACCCAAACCACCGGGUUUCCAUUUACUACGACCGGCUCUUGGUCUUCGUCUCCUACCGGAACCAGAGAAUCACGCCGCCUACCGUGUUGCCGCCAUUGUUUCACGAGAGACAUAGCACGGUGGCUGUGUCAGCUAAAUUGGGGGGAACGGCGGUGCCGGUGUCGAUGGAAGUGGUGAAUGGGCUGGUGAUGGAUGAGGAGUAUGGGGUGGUGGGGAUGAGGUUGGUGCUGUUGGGGAACAUAAGGUGGAAGGCUGGACCCUUCAAGACUAGACACUAUAGAAUUUAUGUGAAGUGCGAUAUUCUGGUUGGUUUGAAGAAUGGCUAUGUUGGUCAGGUUCCCCUGCUUCAAUCACCUGAUUGCAGAGUUGAUAUCUGACGCGCGUGCUUUUACACUUUCUCUUUGUAAUGUGAUGUAAGCUCUGAUCUUUUCUUCCACCUCCUAUCCAUUCCUGAUCUUUUUGCUUCUUAGUUCUUGCAAUGAUAUAU